AGAGCCAGCGAGCUGCAGAGCAAAGUGCGAGCGGAGAGGAUUAGGACAGGGCAAAAGCGCGGAAGGCACUGAACACCGCAAACUAGAGCGAAAUAAAUGCAGUAGCAAUGUCCGAUCUGAAGAAAAAUGAAAUGGAAAUCAGGCACAAAGCUAUCUUGCACCAGCAGAGGCGUCUAAAGCAAGCCACACAGUUUAUUCAUAAAGAUUCGGCAGAUUUGCUCCCUCUGGAUGGUCUUAAAAGGUUGGGAACAUCAAAAGAUCUGUGCUGUGACCAAGAGAUCAAAGUCACUAUCAACACAGGCUGCCAACAGAACACAAUCUCUGCCAGUUGCUUGAGCAGAAUAGGCUUAAAGAAAAUGCCUGCAGCAGAGCGUGAAGACUGUGGAGAUAACAGAUUCAAGCAUAGUUCAAAAACAAUGGAGCAGGUGGAGACAUUAGAAAUCAUGUUGGGGAAAGAGAAAGUAGAGUGUUCAGCUCUGGUAGUAGAGAAUGACGCUUGUGAGCUGUCCCUUGGUCUGCAGACACUGCUAUCUCUCAAAUGUGUGAUUGACUUGGACAGAGGAACACUGCUGCUGGGAAAAGCAGAAACUCAACUACCAUUCCUAAAUGAGUCAGAGGAGGAGGAGAAUGAUGAAGAGGUAGAAAAAGAAUGAAAAACAAACUAGAAUCUAGUGUUUUGAACAAAAGAAGCUCAUAUGAAAGAUUGACAACAUGAGGUUUCUUGGUCUCUUUCUUUUUUCGACCCCUUGUGUCUGCUGUAAUCUUUGGCUUGUCUCACUGCAGCAGAAAUGCUAGCUGAGAUAAGGAAAGGACAAUUGUAUAAAUUGCCUCUCCUUUCCUGCCAUCAUCCUCUCAAAUCACCAAAAGAUUUGCCAGUGUCAGGUUUCAAAAUAGUAUUGGGAAUACAAGACUUGUUCAUUUUGUUGUCUGUUUUGCUGCUCUGAGCCUUGUGUACUGUGGCAUGAAAAAGUAACUUUUUUUGCUUCUUAUCAAAUAGCUUCAGCAAUGGGCAAUUAAGAAAAAUAAACUAUAACAGUAAAUCACUGGAACAGUUAUUUCCUCUUAUGGCUGUUUUUGGUUGUCCAGUCUAAUUGUGCUCUUUGUACCAAAAUGUACAACAGCCUACCUGGUUUUUUUGAGGAGUAAUCAAUCUGAUAAAAUUCAGAAAUGUUGAAGUAACAGUGAGCAGAAAGUUCCUGAUAGCAGUUCUUACUGUAAUAGAAAUGAUCAAUGACAAAUGUGAAUAUAUUUUUGAAUGACACUGAUAUUUCUAUACAAUGCAGAUUUGCCUCAAUUAAGAAAGUAUAUAGAAAAGGACUUCUCUAACAUUUUCUACUUAAAACAAAGAAAUCCAAUGCUCAGGUGCAACACAAUUUCUAAAGUAAGUACUGCAGCAUCUGCAGCCUGUCAAAAACCUUGAGAGAUGUUGUAAGCAGUUUCCAGCAUCUGAACGUGAUUCAGUUCAGCAGUCAAGAAGUUCUUCCCUCAGAUCAACAACCAACAGAUGGAUGGAAGCUUUCUGUUUCUGUCACCUUAAACUGCAGCCAGUUUCAUGUAAAUAAAACUCCAUCAAAUAAAUCAUUGCCCAUUCACUGCUAUUAUAUGCAACUCCUGUGAACUGAAUUUUUCUUUUAUUUCACUCUCAUUAUUUAGAAUUCCAGCACAUCAAACUUGGCCCCAUUUAUUUUCCUGACUAAAAUCUUUUACUAGUAACUAAUCUGUACUCCAACAGACAUAGCCCUCUCCCAUUUACACCCAUUGUGUGAAAAAAAUCCAUUACCUUACAUUCUUUAAAUCGAUCACUUUGACUUCAGAACAACGUGGGAAUAUUGAACCUCAGCCAACAAAUAUUUCAGUUCAACACUAUCAGUUCAUCCAAAUGAAAAAAAAAAAUAGAAAAUAUUCUUACCUUCGUAUUUUUUGAACAUUUCAGAAGUCGGCAACCAUCAAUAAGGAGACUGUGCUCCCUUCUACACAGAGCCAUUACCAAACAAUGUAUAAUAAUUUUUUAAAAAUCUGUAUUUUUAUUUCCUUUUGUCCCUGUUCUCAUCUCCUUUGGCAACAUGAUGUUGAAGCCUGGUAUGGUUAAUGCAGCUGUUAGGAGCUGUGCAACUGAUUAACCUCUGGGUGAUUUCACUCCCUUUCUGUGAAUAAAUUGUCCAGUAUUGACUUGAGAUUAACGCCUGAUGCCCCCAUGCAAGAAGUUAAAGUGGGAAAGUAGGGUAUGUUACAGACCUGAGUCCUAACACCAUGUACAGUAGCGUUUUGGUGGAAACUUGGAUUUCUAUUAUUGAAAUUAGAAUUUAAAAGGUUAUUAACAUUUAUCAAUACAGCAUGUGAAACUUAACACACUCAAAAAAAAAUGUUAGUAAUACAGAUAAAUAGCUUAUAUAUACACCCCUUCAUAGCAUGAACACUUUUAUAUACAAUAUUUCUAAAUUGUUCACCUGAGAAACUAAUUUAAGUUUAAGCUUGUCACGUUCCCUAUACAUAGUACAGAGUUUCCACGUGUUUUCAAAGUGAAACACAAAUUUCUGUAUUACAUGUAGCUCUUAAAUCUUAAUGAGCUGCCGCUCCAAUCGUCAAAACAAUGACAACUUCCUUGUGACUUCUGUGCCUGAAAUGGACAACUUUUCUGCAAACAAUAAGAAAAUGUUUCCCCAUUUCCUUUAAAGUCUUUGCUUCUUUUAUACAAUAAAGAUUGGACAGCAAAGCAAAAGAUCAGAAUUUAAUUUUGGGGUGUGAGUUGGCGAUCAAGUCCGAACUAUUUGUCACUCAUUAAAUUGGUUUAUAAUAGUAAGUAUUGAAUUUAGAAAAAUCAAAAUCAAAUUGUGUAAAGUCAAGACAUUCUUGCCACUUGAUUUUGGAGAUAUCACAUCCUUUUUGAAAAUGCUUUGAGUGGUUUGUUUCAUUUUGCAAUACUAUACAAGAUCAAUGUUAUGAGCACUCCACUACAACAUUGCAUUAUUCCAGGGCAGACGUUCCAGCAGUAAGCACGCAUCAGCUAAUAAUGUUUGUUGAUCAAUGUCUUCUUGACAGUAUUGUAUGUUACCUUGUUAUUCUAGUGUGCCCUUUAUUAGUCACAAUAAACUGGUGUUGUAAAACA